AAGAUGGUUAUAGUUCAGACGACGAGGAUUUAACAGACGCUUUGGUGACGGGAAUUGUCGCUGAUGCCUUUAGACAUGAAAAAGAAGGCAACAGAAACACAAAUCCACGUUUUCAGGACGAGAUGUGCACCCCAACCAGCAGUGACAUUGACGCGAGUUUACAAACAAGACGGCAGUGUUCAGAAGAAUGUUUUCCAACAAUCACAAUAACGGAGAUUACGGAUGACGUCAAAACCAUAGAGUCAUCAUCUUACGAUGACGUGUGUGGCAGCACCAUCCGUCGUACCGUUAGUGAAGGUACCCUUCCCGAGAAGACAGUAAGAUUUACACCCACAACGCCCACAGAGCCGCGCCAAGACAAGAAAAAAUACCCAACGACUCCGAAAUACGCGAACCGGAAUUUAGGUCCGUCACUAAGCCCACUAAAAUCGCAGGCAACCGACAUUUCGUCAGCUAGCGAGGACCAGGGUACAGGUAUGACGUGUCUCGGCUGUUUCCCAGAGAGUCCUGGGGACAUGUCCCCCCAUAAUUCCUCCCCCUGUUCACCUGCCCCCCUGACGGAUCCGAUAAAAGAUGCCGAGACCCACAUGGUUGCUCUUGAGGAGAACCUUAUCAAACUAAACAGUGUUCUUGCCCAUGUUGUGGACACGGUCCUUCUGAAGUUGGCAGCAGAACCUUCAAUAAUAUCAGAUACACCCACGGAUUCCGACAACUCACCAGAAACUGCCAAUUUGAAGAAUGAAGUUAAGCUGAGCGAGUUUGAACUCCACUUUCAAGAUGUACUAGACUUGCUGCAAGGCGUCAAUAUGAAAUGGACAAUUCACAAGAAAAACCUUGAAGAGUUGCUGAAUGAAUCCGAACAGCGGGAGGAGGAUUACGGCAUCAUUGGGAAGCGCGCCAAGCAGCAGAAGGACCUCAUCCUCAAACUGAAGCACGAGCGGCGUGCCCUGGAGUUGUGUCUGGAGGACAGGGAGUUGGAGUGGAUGGCCGUCAAGAAGAGCAUCAGAGCCGACUCCAACUUCCUCAAGAACGUGUUGAGAGAAGCGGAGCAGUCCAGAGACUCAGGAACUCUAUGGAGAGUUCUCGACUCCCUUGUUGCGCGUGCAGUUCGACCGAGAGAAAGCAAUUGCCAUGGACUCCGCCAAACAGAACAAGAUUAACGAGCUCCACCUGCUGAUCUGCCGCCAGCAGCUCCACCUGGCGGAGGUUGAAGAGAGGAACAGAGAACUGGCAUGGG